GUUCAUCUCAUACGCGCCGAAAUUUGUAAACCCACUAGUCAAACCACCGUUUUAUUUUUAUUUUUCACUACUGUAAUAUACAUCUGAAACAAAAUAAUGUCCGAGUUCGAUCCCGCUUCACCGGCCCCUGUAGCCUUCUGUAGAAAGAUCUCAACAGCCGAAUACGACCAACAAGGAGACGAAGAGACGGAAUCGGAACUAAAGAAGCUUCUGCAGUUCUUGGACAAAAACCCAAAUAUAUCUCGUGAUGUGAUCAGAAAGCGGAAGCAAGACGAGCUUGACAUGUUAUCCUAUUUGAAAGUUAAGGUCAUGAAAGCUGUAAAGGGAGAGAAAUACAUCGAUGACUAUUUUAGUGAGGAAAUGUGCAAUAAUGAACUUGACAAGCUCAAGAGAGAGAUGGUCUCAGCUUUCGACUAUGCACAAGAAGCCAAAGGCAGCCCUAGAAGGUUUAGUAGAAGGCUUGCUGAAAAAAAGCAUCAACAAAUGGCACCCCCUUCCCCGGCAACCCCUCCCACACCCUCCCUGAGGAUUGCUGAGAAACAGCACCAAUCAAGAGCAUCUCCGCCCCCACCUCCUCCACCCCCAGUGUUAAAACCACAGAAUAUGCUGAAGGACAGUAAAUCAGAAGGAGCUAGCAAAACCUCAAGCAACUCUGACCUGUUCCUGUCAAUCAGAAAUAUCAGUGGUAGGCGUGGCUUACAUCAAGAGAAUGUCAGUUCUUCAGUUAGUGCACCUGUAUCAGCAUUGGCUCAUGGCACUCCAUCAACAUCUGAAUCUGUUACCAAGCUCCAACAACAAAGCAAAUUGAAAAAGAUAAGGCGUAGUGUGUCUAAAAACCUGUCAAGACCGAACCUGCAAAAAGCUCUGCACGACGAGAUAACCAACGCACGAGAAAAACUGCGCUGCAUCAAUCCACAGUCGCCAGGAAUGACGCCAUACCAACUCAGCAAAAAGAGAAGGGAAGACGAGAAGUCCCCAGAUGUCUUCCCAAUGUUUAAUACGGCCCUGGUGCAUAAGUUCAGGAACGCCCGCAGUCCGUCGUUGAGUCCCAGCGGCUACUUUAGCGAUUCCUCGUACUUCGACAGCCCAGGCAGUUAGCCCGAAAACUCAAUCUGGAAUGAGCAAGUCAGUGAAUUAUAGGAUUUCUUAAUGAAGAACUUUUGGACGAAAGUAGAUAUCAUUACGUGAUUGUUUUUUAAGUACAGGCCUAGUAAUAAAGAUUAGCAGAAAGUGA